CACCACCUUCUCCAAAACUGGAUGGCGAGUCACCUACAGAUGGUCCAGCCAAGCGAGGCCGGGGGGGGUGGUUAUUGGAGCUAAUACAUAGACGACGUAGGGCCUGUGUUGAUCUAUUGGAGAGCGGGGUGAGUGAGAUACGUGGUGUGUGUGCAAACGCGUCGCGUCCAACAGCGACCAAAACUCCCAGUCAACAAAUCUCAAUCUCUCGAGCUGGGCUUCCUCACGGCAAGUUCCACGGCAUAUUUUACCUCUCAGGCUCCCUUGAGACUUAUAUUCGUUUUGUUCAGCCACUGUAUCUAACGUCGCUUGACCGUCCCCUUCGUCAACAUGUCCGCCAUGACUCUCCCUCAACAACAACCCCUCAACUGCGCUUACAACCGCGACGAUGUCGUCGCCGGCCUCACCCAGUACUACCUCACCCUCACGAGUACGGCCUAUGUCCCGGCAUCCUACGUCGACUUCCCGCCGCCCGGCGGCUGGACCGACGCCGACCUCGACGUAGGCGCCCUGCGGGCCCUGCGACGCUCCGAGACCGUCAUCGACCUCCUGCGCCAUCUGCCCUAUCCCCGGCCCAUGCACGACGGCCCCCGGCCCGGUCCCUGGAACGUCGCCCCGGGAUCGAAACCCGUGCGCUACCUCCGCCACCUGGGCACCUUCAGCCGCUGGUCCGACCGGGGCGACGCUGGGCUCCUCGAGCUGGCCGCCCUCCCCAUGGCCGACACCCCCGCCGCGCCCAUGGACCUGCCGCCGGACGUCGUCUGCCUCACCUUUGGCGACCGCAUCUCGUCCGCGAAGAACAGCACGGCCGCCACCAAGCCGGACGCCCGGCCGUACUGGUGGAUCGUGGACUGCGGCCGGGGCGUCUUGACGCCGUACCAGGAGCGCCGCUACGGCGUCGCGAGGGUCCCGCGCAACAAGCCCUGGCGGACCUCCCAGUCCUACUCCGUCCUGGACUUCUUCUCCAAGCUCGUGCCGGAACUGGGCCGGAGCCACGUCCCGCUGCCGCCCACCGAGGACCUGGACGCCGAGAUCCUGGGCCCCUCCUCCUCCUCCUUCUCCUCGGCCGAGCGCGAGCCGGCGCAGAUCUACACGGCCCACGGGUGGCCCGACGCCGCGGCCUUCCGACACGCCGAGUGCAUCGCCGCGCUGCAGGGCUGGCGGCGCCGGGCGCAAGAGGCGGAGCGGUUGAAGAUCGCGCAGGACGUGGACGACGCCGACGACGAGGACUACGAGAUGGACGGCGGCGACAGCGACGACGAGGACAUGGACCAGGGCGAGGCCGCCGAGGCGCUCGCCGAGGCUGUUGCUGACAUGGAGGUAGACGACCUCAGCGCCGAGGCUGCCGCGCUGAGGGCCGAUCUGAGCCCGGAGGAGCGUGCGAGGUUCGACCGGAGGGGGGACGAGCUGCCGUUCGAGUGGGUCGACUCUGAGUGAUGGGUGAAGAAGUGAC